AUGACACGCCCGCUGAGCUGCCGCCUCGGGCCGGGGGACCCUGGCGCCCCCCGCCAUGCCGGCCCGUGCCCAGCCUCGGGCAGCUGCACGGUGAGCUCGCAGCCAGCCGGAGCCCCAGCGACGGUGCACCGGCACUGCUCCCAGACCCCCCCGGGCACCCACACCCUGGGCAUCUCGCCCAAGGGUGGCUCCCACAGCCAGUGCCUGCCCCAUGGGCUUGCAGGGGAUGUGGCUCAGUACGUGAAGCUUGGACAGCACAGAAUCGGGCCCCACCCCAGAGGUGGCUGCAUGUCAGCACCGGGGUGCAGGACUUGCCGGGUGCCAGGGGAGCGGGGUCUGUCUGGCCCGGCCCACUGGCUCCAGUCAAUCAUUAAUCGCGGCAAGGAGAUGGCUGAGAAAGACGGAGGCCCCAAGGUGCCGUGCUGGUCGCUGCCCAAGGUUGUGGCUGUCGUGACAGGUGGUUUCCUGCUCUUAGCUGGCAUCGGAGCCAGCGUGUGGGCCAUUGUGACAUCUGUGCUGGGGAGCAACAGUGAAGGACUGUAUGGUGUCCAGGUCAGUUCGGCCGACCUCCGGCUCACACUGUAUGAUGAGAGUGAGAGCAAAUGGCGCCUCAUCUGCUCCACCUCCUCCAAUGCCCUGGUGGCUGCGCUGAGCUGUGCAGAGAUGGGCUUCGUCAGGUCUCUCUGGCACUCGGAGCUGGAUGUGGAGCACGCGGGCACCAAUGGGACCUCGGGAUAUUUCUGUGUGGACGAGUCUCGCCUGCCCCUGGCCCGUAGACUCAGUGAGGUCGUCUCCAUCUGCGACUGCCCGACGGGCCAGUUCCUUGCGACUCUCUGUCAAGACUGUGGGCGCAGGAAGUUGUCUGUUGACCGGAUCGUGGGGGGCCAGGACGCCAGUCUGGGCAAGUGGCCGUGGCAGGUCAGCCUGCACUACGACGGUACCCACCUGUGCGGUGGCUCCAUCAUCUCCAGCGAGUGGGUUGUCACUGCCGCACACUGCUUCCCUGAGAGAAACCGGGUGGUGAGCCGCUGGCGGGUUUUCUCAGGCGCCAUCUCUCAGGUGUCCAGCAGGGGGCAGCAGGUGGGGGUGACGGGCGUGGUGUACCACGCGGGCUACCUGCCCUUCCUGGACCCCAACAGCGAGGAGAACGGCAACGACAUCGCACUGGUGCACCUGGCCACACCUCUCAGCUUCACUGAGGACGUCCAGCCCGUCUGCCUCCCGGCGCUGGGGCAGCCCCUCCUGGAUGGCAAGGUCUGCACCGUGACUGGCUGGGGCAACACCCAGUACUACGGGCAGCAGUCUGGCAUCCUGCAGGAGGCCUCCGUGCCCAUUAUCAGCACCGCUCUGUGCAACUCGCCCGAAUACUACAGCAACCAGAUCCGCCCCCGCAUGUUCUGCGCUGGCUACGCUGAGGGUGGCACCGACGCCUGCCAGGGUGAUAGCGGGGGUCCCUUUGUGUGUGAGGACAGCAUCUCCCGCACCCUACGCUGGCGGCUCUGCGGCGUGGUCAGCUGGGGCACCGGCUGCGCCCUGCCCCAAAAGCCGGGGGUCUACACUAGAGUCGGCGCCUUCCACGACUGGAUCCACCAGGCCAUGAAGACUCACUCCCUGACCAGCGGGAUCAUUUCCCAGCACUGA